GGAGGGACGCCGACGUCACGACCUGCGACCACGCGUGGCCGAUGCAUGAACGCCGGUUUGGCUCUGAAUAAAAUAUGGCUGACCACAGCGAAAAUAAUGAUAUUCAACUACACGAAAAGACAGAUGAAAAUGACGAAGGAAUAAUUUGGCAAAGCAGUUUGCCAACGGAAGACAGUACUGAUCUAGCUGUUGAACAGUCUAAACCAUCUGAAGGAGAAUUUUGUCAUCAAGCCUUUGAAGGGGAAUCUCUUGUGGCUGAGUCUGACGUUGGUGUGGUAAAGCAGACAGAUUCUCAAAUUCAGCAAGAGCUUUGUCCUCGUUCUCCACAAGGCGAUGGAAGUGAAGUUAACGGCAAAGCAAUGCCCUGUGUUAUCGCGACGACACUUGAUGCUGGAAGUAAUUUGGAUGCCAGGAAUCCAUCCGAAUUCAGGGCUACUGAGAAGGGUGAUGCAUUAGUCAGUUCUCCCACGUUCACGGAUAAUCAAGAGAUGGAGUUAUCGGUAUCUGCUCAGCUAGAGAUUUUAUCUUUUGGAAGAUUGCAGAACAUGAGCCAAAACCCAGAAGAUGAACCAGGCCAACAAUCAGACCGUUGCAGUGAUUUACCCCAGGUAGAUGCUGCAGCUGAGGUACAAGACAGCGAAGGUGAUAGCUCUUCAUCUGAAGACACUUCAUCAGAAAGCGAUUCAGAUUCUACCUCGUCUUCCUCUUCCUCGUUAUUAUUGGCCAUUAUAUCUGAGGCUGAAGAUGACGACCAGGAACCAGGAGAAAAGAAAAAGCCCCAUCCAAUAAAAACCAAAGAUGAGCUUAUGUUGGAGGAUUUGCCAAACGUUGAAGAAGUAAAUAUUGUUCUUCCUGAAGAGGUACAAAAGGAGCCCAUUGGGGUUGUUUGCAGUAUUAUUGAUCAAUUAGUAAUCGUUGAAUCACGAGAGAAUAUGCCACCAGUGAAUGAGGAAACUAUCCUUUUCAGAAAGAACAGGAGCUCAAUUGGGCAGGUGUUUGAAGUGUUUGGUCCAGUUUGUCAUCCGUUCUAUGUUCUACGAUUCAAUUCUCCUGAAGAUAUCUGUGCAAAGGGAAUUGAGCUGCAGGAGUUGUUAUUUUUCGCCCCUGCUGUGAAAGAUUUCACACAGUACAUCUUUGCAGAGCGACUGAAGGAUAAAGGUUCAGAUGCAUCGUGGAGAAAUGAUCAAGAGCCACCAAAUGAGGCUCUGGAUUUCAGUGAUGAUGACAAAGAAAAAGAGGCAAAGCAAAGGAAGAAGAAGAAACCACAGAAUCAUGGAGAUAAAAACACUCGAGCUGGUGGAAAAGAAGAUGGUCAGGUAUCACAACAAGCACGUGUUAAGUCAAUACGUGGGAGAGGGUUUCACCACAAUCCUGGCCGAGGAUUUGACCCCUAUUCUUCAGCCAGGUUUGAAAACCCAGCAAAUUAUGGAUUUCCUCAGCCAAGUGGAUCCUAUAAUCCACCAUUUAACCAGAGGCCACCUGGUGCACCACCAAGCUUGCACCCAGCUAACAGCACAAUGCAUUCGCAACCAGCAAUGCACAACCCAAUGAUGUCUUAUCAGUAUUCUCCUUCAUUUUGGCCUCCUAUGUGCAAUGAUUUACCACCCUUUCUAUCCCCUCCUCCUCCUCCGCCGCCACCACCACCACAUAUCCCCCCUCCUCCUCCUUCUUUUCCCCCUCACCCAAUCAGCUGGCCAGAAUCAAAUGUAAGGCAUCCUCCUUGUUUCCCAAAUUCCUCCUUCUCUUGCUAUCCCAAUGCUUCUCCCUCGCGGAUGCCAAAUUCUCAGUUCUCACCGCGGCUACCUCCACAAGGACAGCCAGAUUACAGACCACCCUAUUAGAACCACGUCUGCGUUAUGCCUCCAUUGUAUGACGACAAUCAUCACUCAGCGAGGAAACUAGGGCAAGUGAGUGUGAAUUCUUUAAACAUUGAAUAGCAUUUGAUAGAUGGAAGUGAAUAAUAAUGCGACUUGUGGUUUCCAAAUCUAUAUCUAUUUAAAAGUGUGGUUGUACUAACAUGGGAAUGGUAUCAUUUAGUGGUCGCUGUGAUCAUAAUCCAUCGUGACCUGCUGGCCAUUUUAUCCAAUCAAAAUCCUGAACUCAACUAAAACACAACAGGGCAGCACUGUGGCAUAGCUGGUAGAACUGCUGCCUUGCAACACAGAGUCCUGGGUUUGAUCCUGACCUUGGGUACUGUCAGCCGGGUUUCCUUCAGGUACUCCGAUUUCCUUCCACACCCCAAAGGAGUGCGGCUUUGUAGGUUAAUUGGCGAAUGUAAAUUGUCUCCAGUGUAUGUAGGGAGUGGAUGAAAAAAUGGGAUAGCAUGGAACUAGUGUGAACAAGUGAUCAAUGGUCGGCAUGGACUCGUAGAAACAGAAACAUAGAAAAAUAGGUGCAGGAGUAGGUCAUUCGGCCCUUCGAGCCAGCACUGCCAUUCAAUAUGAUCAUGGCUGACCAUCUAAAAUUAGUACCCCGUUCCUGCUUUUUCCCCCAUAUCCCUUGUUUCCUUUAGCCCUAAGAGCUAAAUCUAACUCCCUCUUGAAAACAUCCAGUGAAUUGGCCUCCACUGCCUUCUGUGACAGAAAAUUCCACAGAUUCACAACUCUCUGAGUGAAACUCAGUGGGCUGAAGGGCCUGAUUCCAUGCUGUAUCUCUAAACUAAUUUUGGUCAUAUUAAAGACUGAAUUUCAGUUUUCUAAACUGUUGAGGUAUAAGCAAUGUUUGUUCCAAGCAAUCACCUUUAUUUGGAAAUGGUUUUCAUUGCUCUGCAAAACAAGCAUAAGCAAAUUACGAACCCAAUUAUCCUUGUUUAUAAAAUCAAUGUAAAAUAAAUCUCAAAACAUUUGAAGUCCGGUUUCACCACCUUCUUACCUGGACUUAUUAUUUGUAUUCUGUAUUUUGUAAAUAUAAUGGUUCUGGUUCUGUUGUUAAAUUUGUGAUCUGUAAUAUAAUUAGACCUUCCAUCUGUAAUAAUAAACCUAAUAUCCAGAAAAUAAUUGGCAGAUUUGUAAUCAAAAAUGUCUCAAUUCUGAAGAACAGUCCAGCUACUUUAUUUUUUAUAUUAUGAAGCUAAUCCUUGUUCAGUCUUUGUCUUUUUACAUGCAAGUUUAGAAGGAUUUGAAUUAAAGAUUAAAUUCAGUUUGUAACCUUCAUUAAACCCAUUACAUUUUCAUUUAUUUUGUGCUAUAGCAAUAAAUUCACUUCAUUCUGAUGUAUAUUUUUGUAUUUGCUUUUCAUUAGGAAGUAAUUCUAAUAUCUGAUUCUGUGCAUGAAUUGUAGAGAAUUCAUUGAUUAAUAACGUGUAAAAUUCAGACAAAAUAAAAUGUUCUUUGGUAAUUUA